AAGCGUAAGUGAUUUAAUUCGACAAGCGAUACACGCCUGCAGCGAAAUUUGUAUUCAGUGCAGCUUAUUGCUUUUUUCUGAGUACUUCUAAAUCAUCUUCUUGCACAGAUCGCUGAAGUUGCCAGUACAUGUUUUCUGCAGGUCUACGGCUUUCGUGUUCAUCCCCGAAAGUGAAAAAUAAAGCGCAAGGAAGUAAUGAAUAUUCCAGCCUACACUUCACCCACUUUGUGCCUAGGGAGAACAUUUGACAAUGAAACGUUGAGCGCCCGCGCGGACAUCUACUCAUCAAGCAAUAACAUACCAAUUAAAUCGAUAAACAUCAACAGAUUCUCUUUCAAGUACCAAGUGGUAAAAAGUAGCAAAGAUGCUAGUGAUUUACUGGACAUACCUGGUAAACUCUCCUUACAAUUAAAAGCCAAUCUUCUGAAAGUGGAAGGGGCAGGCCAGUAUGUUAAAGAGAACAAAGUCCAAGAAGGAAAGACGACCCUUUUGGUUGUGAUGAAAUGUACCACGCUUGUUGAGACCAUCGAAGGUUCAUUUACAGUUAGAGAUGACGUCAACAGCGGUGAAUUUCUUCAUUCACUUGGUACUCACUACGUAAGGAGUGUUACGUAUGGAGUCGAAAUGGUUGCUAGCCUGACGUUCAAGUCAUCAGCAGAGUCAUCAAAUGACCAAAUAAAAGGAAGUGCUGAAGGAAAACUAGAUGUUUGGGGAGGCGUUAAUGUAGGACUUCGGGAUGCGUUAGACAAAUUGUCACAAGAAUGCAACGAUGUAUCAGACAUCUCAAUCAAAUAUUACGCCACCGACCUACCAGACCAACUGCCAACCACAAUGGAAGGACUUGUGUCACUGAUUGAGGAUUUCCCAUCACGACUUAAAAGUAUUAAUGAUGGUAAAGGGUUUCCUAUGCAGGUAAGAUUCCAAUGUAUAUAUCUAGUUUCCCCAAAAUAUGUGGCAUUUCAUUUAACAAAGAAAGAAGCCUUGACUGUGCUCUGUGGAAAGCCUUAGGAAGCGGCUGGAGCACGAAAGAAGUGCAGGGAGAAACGCGAGACAAAGUUCUAUCACAAUAGGUACUUAGGACAAGCUAACUGAGCUUCAAAACUCGGACAGUCCAUUUUGUUUUCUGUCUAGUGAUUUUUGUCACUGCUCACGUUAUAUUUUCGUCAAGUUUGGACCUUGGUAUGUUUACAAACCUUUGUUUGGUUCUUUUGUUACUACUUAAUGAUAUAUUAAUGAUAUAUUACAAUAUUAAAAUAUUACAAAAAAUAUGCGCUGCAUGCAG